AUGGUGCUGAGCAGCAGCCCCGUGCUCCCCCAGGAAGUGCCCAUCCUUGCCCUCUGCUUUUUGGCCAGCCUAACCACAGGUUUGGAGCUGUCUGUAAAUAACCAAGCUGCUGAUUUCUCCCUGUCUCCGUCACUUGGCUCUUCCCUCUCCCUCUCCUGCCUAGUACAGAACAGCAGCCAGGCUGAGGAGCUGCUCUGGUACCGAGGAGAUGGGCAGGUGGAUCUGAAGGAUGGGAAUAAAGUGAACGUCAGUAACAUCUGCAUAGAGCCAGUCAGUGAGGCUGACAAUGGAGUCACCUUCUCAUGCAAGCUGGCACGGGACAAGUCUGUCCAGGUGUCUGUGAUCCUGGAUGUUCAGUUUCCUCCCCGGCUGAUGGGAGAAGAGUCCCUCCAAAUUGAAGAAGGCAAAGAUGUCACUCUGUCCUGCAACACCAAAUCCAACCCUCAAGGCCAACCAGCUUGGUACAAGAACAACACCGCCUUGACCCUACAGCAGAACCAUCACCAGCUGUACCAGACCAGUGAGGUCUUUCAGCUCUCCAUCACAAAAGUACAAAAGUCUGACAAUGGGACGUACACCUGCAAGGUGAAGUACUUUCUUGAAGAGUGGACAAAGGAUUUCCACCUGACAGUUGAAGAUAAGAAGCCUGUUUUCCCCAAGGAGGCUGUUAUUGCUGCUGUGGUGGUGGUGACACUCACGAUACUUUUUGGAAUCGUGGCUCGGAAAGAUAAAAUUUGUAAGUGCUUCAAAAGAUCAAGUGAAACAGCACUGUAA